CGGUGGAUUUUUUCUGCCUUGUGACAGACUAUGCUCUGGGGAAGGACUGCAUCAUGCACGGGUACAUGCUGAAGCUGGGGAACCCCUUCCUGACUCAGUGGCAGAGACGCUAUUUUUACCUCUUUCCAAACCGGCUUGAAUGGCGUGGAGAAGGAGAGUCACGGGACACCUGGCGCACUUACACAAAAAGACGCAAGCGGCAAAAUUUGCUGACUAUGGAACAGAUUUUGUCGGUGGAAGAAACUCAGAUCAAGGACAAAAAAUGCAUCUUGCUCAGAAUUAAAGGGGGGAAGCAGUUUGUCCUGCAGUGUGAGAGUGACCCAGAGUUUGUACAAUGGAAGAAGGAACUGACCGAAACGUUCACAGAAGCACAGCUGCUCUUACGUCGGGCACCCAAGUUCCUGAAUAAAUCCCGCUCUGCAGUUGUGGAGCUCUCCAAGCCCCCCUCAGCCACAAGAACAGCAACGGCCUUUAGGACCCAGAUCAUACCUGCAGAGUCCCUGCUAAGAGAAACCGCUGCCUUGGGUUGGUGCAUCCUCGGAGCAUGCACAGAAAGCCCCUUGGCCCUCCUGCCUGGAAGAGGCCACAUGACUCCUUGGGGUCCUCUAGUCUGUUUGGCUAUCCCUGAAGCCAAAUGUGUCUGGCUGCCUCUGCACAUUCCACUUGGACUUCCCCUUCUUUCUUACCUUUAUUAGUUCAUUUAGUUCCUUCAGUUAGUUCUACGCCUUCUUAGCAUGGCACCCACGGCCUUGUGUUGGUGCUAUGUUUCAGACUUAUCAUUGGAAGGAACAGGGCGUUGCUUUCUUUUUUGGAUCCGCUCUUAUGAAGGGGAUGUGAAUUUUAAAAACUGCUGUGCAAUGACCUCAUUUUUGUAAACAUUGAGUAAGCUAUUAUUUAAAAUAGCCUAGGUUUAGAUUAUUGUUUUUCCAGAGGCAGCUAAAAUGCUCUGUAAUGUAAUAAUUCCUAUUUUCAUUUUAGCAAAUUCCCAAUAGCAGUAAAAAAUAUGAA